AAUAAAAAACUCAAUGACUCUAGCUAAACUUUGUAAAUUACUUCUAUAUUCAUCCUCCAUCAUCAAUGGCAUUGCUAAUGUAUCAUCUCACUAGUUUCUUCCUUCUCUUUCUCUGUUAUUCCCUUGUCAAUUCCUAUCAUCCACGUGAUCCCAAAGAAAGCUUGGCCUUGUUAGAGUUUAAGAAAGUCUUUUCCUUGAAUGAAUCUGCAUCAAGUGCGUGCGAUUUUUGGGGACAAGCUGCUGGAUAUCCAAAGACCGCGACAUGGAACGAGACCGAAGAUUGUUGUUCAUGGGAUGGCGUGAAAUGUGACGAGGAAGGCGAAGGCCAUGUGGUUGGACUUGACAUCAGCUGCAGUCAGCUCUAUGGAACUCUCCAUCCCAAUAGCACUUUGUUUGCCCUCUCUCAUCUCCGAACUUUGAAUCUUUCUUUUAACUCUUUUGAUUUCUCUCCACUUUCACCUCAAUUUGGAACCUUUAGAAACUUGAGGGUUUUGGAUCUUUCCUCAUCUUCCUUCCAUGGGGACGUUCCAAUAGAAAUAUCACACUUGUCGAACCUUGUUUCUCUCGAUCUUUCUGGGAAUUAUGACCUCAAAUUCUCAAAUCUGGUUAUGAAUCAGCUUGUUCAUAACCUAACCAAUCUAAGGAAUCUUGCACUUGCUCGUGUAGAUCUCUCUCGCAUUCUCACACUCACUUCUUUUAUGAACUUCUCUCUCUCUUUAACUUCUCUUCGUCUUUCCUCGUGUGGGUUGAGUGGAAAUUUUCCAAGCCACGUUUUAAGCCUUCCCAACUUGCGUGUGUUACAACUUGAUUAUAAUCAUGGAUUGAAGGGGCAUUUGCCCAUGUCUAAUUGGAGUAAGUCCCUUGAAAUUUUAGAUCUUUUUCAGGAGAGAUUCCCAAUUCCAUUAGCAAUGCCAAGCUAUAAGGUUUUAGAUCUGAGUUGGUGCCAAUUCACCGGUGGAAUUCCAGAAUCAAUAAAAAACCUUACACAGCUGGAUACUAUUGGUCUCUCUCGAAAUAACUUACUCAUUGGUGUCAUACCUUCUUGGUUGUAUGCACUACCUCACUUAAAAAACUUGGCUCUCUCUAAUAACCACUUCAUCAAUGCUUUCAUGGGGGAUUUCAAAUCCAACUCCUUAGAGGUUCUUGAUUUAGGUGAAACCAACUUGCAAGGUGGAAUCUCUGAAUCUAUUUAUAGACAAGCGAAUCUUGAAUUUUUAAUUUUGUCAUCGAAUAAUUUAAGUGGGAUUUUAAAUUUAGACAUUUUGUUGAGAAUUCAAAGUCUAGAAUACCUUUUUGUAUCCAAUAACAACCAGCUUUCAAUACCCUGUACCAAUGCUAGCUCUCGGAAUAUUAUUUGGAUUGAAAUGGCCUCCCUCAAAGUAGAAAAAUUCCCAUGUUUUUUAAGAUAUCAGAAGAAUUUGAAAUAUCUAGACCUUUCAAAUAAUCAACUUCGAGGAGAAAUUCCCAGGUGGUUUUCUGAAUUUGGUGAUUUGUAUCAGUUGAAUCUUUCACAUAAUUUUUUGUCCUCAGGAAUAGAAGUGCUCUUCACUUUGUCUAAUCUUGGGCAUGUCAGUCUUGAUUUUAACUUGUUCAAUAAGCUACCCAGUCUGACCCUACCACCAUUAUUGUCUUGGUUUACGGCUUCAAAUAAUCAACUUAGUGGAAAUAUCCAUCAUUCAAUAUUCUGGCAAACCACCAACCUUAAAGUACUAGAUUUGUCCAAUAAUAGUUUGAGCGGUGAAAUUCCUCCUUUAAUCUGCCAUGUCACGUACCUUGGAACACUUAUUCUAUCCAAGAAUCGCUUGAGUGGUACAAUUCCAUCGUGUCUAGGAGGCAACACUUCUCUUGAAGUGUUGGAUCUACAAAGCAACAACCUUUCUGGGACUCUUCCAACAAAUUUCCCAACAGGAAGUCAAUUGAAGAGCUUUAAUUUGAACGACAACCAAAUAGAGGGAGAAUUACCUCGGUCGUUAUUGAACUGUGAGAAUCUACACCUUUUGGAUCUGGGGAACAACAAGAUAACAGGUAAUUUUCCCUACUGGUUGGAAGCUGCUUCGAAUUUGCAAGUUCUUAUCCUUCGAUCCAAUCGAUUUUAUGGUCCUAUCAACAACUCCAUGAACCAAUACUCCUUUCCAAGUAUACAAAUCAUUGAUCUCUCUCGAAAUCAUUUCAUAGGAUCAUUGCCAUCAAACUUAUUUGAAAACUUGAGAGCAAUGAAGGAGAUUGAAAUGGGAAACCAAAAACCCAACUACAUUAGCAUAUAUUCUUCCUCUUACUAUCAUGUCUCUGUGGUGGUAUCAAUGAAAGGGUUGGAUCACAAGUUGGAAAGAAUUCUAUCGAUAUUCAAAGCUAUUGAUUUGUCGAGUAAUGAUUUUAGUGGAGAGAUACCAAAGUCGAUUGGGAUGCUCAUAUCUCUAAAAGGUUUCAACCUUUCACACAAUAAGCUUACAGGUGGGAUUCCUAUGUCGUUUGGGAAUCUGACGAGUCUUGAAUGGUUGGAUCUUUCUUCAAAUAAACUCUCCUGUAACAUUCCUCUCCAGUUGGUAGCUCUUACAUUUCUCUCCGUCUUGAAUCUCUCGCACAAUCAGCUGUCUGGACCAAUUCCUCAAGGGAAACAAUUUGCUACUUUCGAGAAUUCUUCAUACAUCGGAAACCUUGGACUGUGUGGAUUUCCUCUGCCAAACUGUGAUGCAAAAAAACACUCUGAAUCUCAACUACUGCGUGAUGAUGAGGAAGAUGAAAUUUUAGAAAAAGGGUUUUGGUGGAGAGUUGUGUUCAUGGGGUAUGGAUGUGGAAUGGUAUUUGGAAUAUUUGUUGGGUAUAUGGUUUUUCGAAUUGGGAAACCGCUGUGGAUUGUGGCAAUGGUGGAAGGCAAAAGAUCUCCAAAAAUCCAAAGAUCAAGGAGGAGGAAUUUUGGGCCUAGGAACAGAAAUGACUAGGAAUGUUGAAAAAAA